CAGCCUUGUAUUUCGUGCCAUGAUGAGACUGAACAAUGGAUAUCUCCAUGUAAAUUGUAUGAAUCCUUGCUCAUGAGAGCGUCCUUGUGAUUCGAAGCCGCCUCAUCAACUUCUCUUGGGCAUUUAGCCACAUUUCCGUAUCAAUUACAUUCUCAUAACAUCUGCGUCCCACAAACCACCCCCAAGGAAACCCCCAAUUCUGAGAACCCAAUUGGAGGCGGGACAGUAUCUGCCGAGUCUGUAGAUCAGUCAAACUGGUCUUGACAUCUUUAAUAGACCAUUUCGCGCCACAUCUUUCCUCUUGCAACUCAAUUGACUCGACUCUGCACAUACACAGCAUGGCCAAGGUUUUCGACGCGGCUGAAGUGGCCAAACACAACACCCCGGAGAGCUGCUGGGUCAUUCUCUAUGGCAAAGUCUACGAUGUGACUGAGUUUCUUCCAUCGCACCCCGGUGGUAAGAAGAUCAUCCUGAAGCUGGCGGGAAAGGAUGCCACCGAUGAAUAUGAUCCCGUUCACCCACCGGGAACCCUCGAGGAGAACCUCAAGCCCGAGAAUAUCCUCGGUGAAGUGAAUCCCGAAACACUCACUGACUCCCAAUCGACCGGCGAAAACACCACCACACAGUCCCGAGAUAACCAGCCACCACCAAUGGCAUCACUCAUGAAUCUUGAUGAGAUCGAGGAGGAGGCUACCAAGCGCAUUUCGAAAAAGGCUUGGGCAUACUACUUUUCAGCCGCCGACGAUCUAUUUUCAAAAACGUACAACAACCAUGUCUAUAAAAAUAUACUUCUUAGGCCACGCGUAUUUGUUGAUUGUACAGCUUGCGAUCUUUCAACCACAUUGAUUGGCAACAGAGUCGGGCUACCAAUCUUUGUCGCCCCUGCUGCUAUGGCCCGUCUAGCUCAUCCCGAUGGAGAACAAGGCAUCGCCAAGGCAUGCUCUCGAUUCGGUGCCAUGCAGAUUGUGUCGAACAACGCGUCGAUGACUCCUGAGCAAAUCAUCGAGGGCGCAAAGCCAGGCCAGACUUUCGGUUGGCAGCUCUACGUCCAGAACCAGCGAGAGAAAAGCGAGGCUAUGCUCAAGCGCAUCAACUCUAUGCGAGAGUACUACAAAUUUAUCUGCCUGACCCUUGAUGCGCCUGUUCCUGGUAAACGCGAGCUGGAUGAGAAGCAAAACUUUGAUUACUCUGAACCCAGUCCUGCCAGUGGUGAGAGCAAGCCCGGUGCUGGAGGUGUUGGUCAACAGCUGUUUUUCGGCACAGCGGCCGACUUGACUUGGAAGACAACUCUUCCCUGGCUAGCUGCUCACACAGAUCUACCCAUCGUUCUCAAGGGUCUGCAGACUCAUGAGGAUGCUUAUCUCGCAGCCAAGUAUGCUCCUCAAGUAAAGGCCAUCAUCUUAUCGAACCACGGCGGUCGUGCUGCCGACACAGCCCCUCCAGCUAUACACACACUUCUCGAAAUCCGCAAAUACUGCCCUGAGGUUCUGAGCAAGGUCCAAAUAUGGGUUGAUGGAGGCAUCAAGCGAGGAACAGAUGUUGUAAAAGCAUUGUGUCUGGGAGCCAGCGGAGUCGGUAUUGGACGAGGUGCUCUCUUUGGACUUGGCGCUGGUGGCCAAGCCGGCGUUGAGAGAACACUCGAGAGUAAGUUGAGCCUGUGAUUUUGAGAAUGCCCGAACCCCGGCUAACACAUGCAAAACAGUCCUCGAGGCAGAAACAGCAACAUGUAUGCGACUACUCGGAGCCAAGAGUAUCUCGGAGCUCGGACCUAAAUUCGUAAGAUUUCCCCAUCUUUUCCCCAGACUCUGCUCCCCGUGGUUGGCGAUCUCGACUAACUCGCUUGGCAGGUCAAUGCUCGACAGGUGGAACGAGAUAUCUACGAUGGAGAUUCAGGGCUGGACCGUCAGGGCUUGUGGACAAAGUCUAAGCUGUAAAGUAUGAAGCAGCAGGCGGCGAUAUCUUCAUAUGCCAGAUGCAGCCUCGGCUUGGAUACUAGAUCUCCUUCAGUCUCCACUGCAAUUACCAGGGAGCCCUGUUUCCCUAAUCGAAGCGGCAACAGCGGGAGCUCUCGGGGAAGACGGCUUUGGUAAUAUGGUGGGCUGGCCAACACCGUUGCCUCUGGGUAACAUCGCGGGGAUGGGGAAAAGUGAGGCAUAAGAAUCUCUCUGAUGAAAUCCUUCAACUUUUCCACCGUACUAAUACAUUUCGAAAACAUUAUUCCAAAGAAUGAGUUUCUCUAAGAAAUUGGGAUGUUCUCACUGCAAGUAAAAAAUUUACAAUAGUAGUUCAGGAUUAAAAAGCCAAACUUUUGAUUUCACCACUAUCUAACCUUGCAGGGGGAAUCGUGGCCCGCUUCGGAGGCAAAAGCAAUAAGAUCUGAAAGCUGAAAUUGAGUAAUCGGGGAGGGGGAAUAAGGAGAAUGAUACGAUACUGUACGAAGGGCUGGCCGUAAAUGUUAGCUGUGCCGAGGAGGCAUCAUGCGGCGCAGUUGGAAUUGGUUUCUAGGGUUGCCUGGCGAUGUGUGAACUAAUGAAGUUUGGGUGUUUCAGGAAGAACACGUCAUGAAAAAAAGACACGGAAUUCUCUGUAGAGACAAGUACCGAUCAGUUCUCUGUCAAUCAAUUUA